CUUUCAAGAAUCCUCAGAUCUCCUCCGUCCGAGUCAACGCCCCGUACCAUCCCGACUUCUUGGAAAUCAAUCAAACCAUGACGAUGGGGUUGUUCAAAAGAGUAAAAGGCAUAAAAUCAGAAACAUUCACACUUAUUCUAGUGAAUCUUGCAGGAAUAAUGGAAAGAGCUGAUGAAUCUUUACUCCCAGGAGUAUAUAACGAAGUUGGGGCUGCUUUGCAUACUGACCCAACUGGACUGGGAUCAUUAACGCUCUUUAGAUCCAUUGUUCAGUCUGCUUGCUACCCGCUUGCCACCUACUUGGCCGUCCGCCAUAACCGAACCCACGUCAUUGCUCUCGGGGCUUUUCUCUGGGCUGCCGCCACUUUUCUAGUUGGCUGCUCUUCCACAUUUGUUCAGCUUGCAGUUUCAAGAGGUCUGAAUGGCAUAGGACUUGCCAUAGUUUUACCUGCUAUUCAGUCCCUUGUUGCUGACUCAACUGAUGAAACCAACCGCGGUACAGCUUUUGGCUGGUUACAACUGACUGGAAACUUUGGCUCCAUCAUUGGUGGACUUCUAUCAGUGCUGAUGGCCUCUACAUCAUUCAUGGGAAUCCCUGGCUGGAGAAUAGCUUUUUAUCUAGUUGGAUUGCUGAGUAUUGUAGUUGGUAUUUUAGUUGGCCUCUUUGCCAAAGAUCCCCACUAUUUUGACUGCAAUGGGAAUGCAAAAGAACAAGCCCCUCAUAAACCCUUUCGCUCUGAGAUUAAGGACCUCAUUAAAGAAGCAAAAGCUGUCAUAAGUAUACCAUCCUUCCAAAUAUUGAUCGCUCAGGGCGUCUCUGGUUCAUUUCCUUGGUCGAGUCUUUCAUUUGCCCCAAUGUGGUUAGAGCUUAUUGGCUUUUCCCACAAGACAACAGCAUUCCUUUGGACACUGUUCUCUGUGGCUGGAUCAUUGGGGGCAUUAUUUGGUGGAAAGAUGGGGGAUGUACUCGCCCAACGGUUACCCAAUACUGGGAGAAUUAUGCUUUCACAAAUAAGUGCUGGUUCAGGUAUUCCUUUAGCAGCAAUUUUGCUUCUGGCAUUGCCAGAUGAUCCUUCUUCAGCACUAUCACACGGCCUCGUUUUGUUCAUCAUGGGAUUAAUGAUGAGUUGGAAUGCUCCAGCAACAAACAAUCCUAUAUUUGCUGAGAUAGUCCCUGAGAGAGCUCGAACUAGCAUCUAUGCAUUAGAUCGAUCAUUUGAGUCCAUUCUAGCAUCAUUUGCUCCUCCUAUUGUUGGGAUUUUGGCUCAGCAUGUUUAUGGUUACAAGCCAUUUCCAAAGGGAUCAACAAAUUCCGAAGAAAUUGAAACGGAUAGAGAGAAUGCUGCAGCACUUGCGAAGGCCCUUUACACAGCGAUAGGGAUUCCAAUGGCAAUCUGUAGUUCUAUCUAUUCCUUUCUCUAUUGUACAUAUCCAAGAGACAGGGACAGAGCAAGAAUGCAAGCACUGAUUGAAGCAGAGAUGCAACAGAUAGAUACAGAUACACACCCUCAGGAAGAAGAAUACAGUCAACCUUUUGUUUUGCAGUCUGAUGAACUCCAGGCAAAGAAAAGCAGUGUAAUUGACAUAGAUCAUGAAUCCUAUGAAGGCCUCGAGUUUGAUGAGAAUGAUGAGAAGAGGCUUCUUUCACAUCAGGCUUUCUCUAAUAAGAGCAAAUCAUAGGAGUCACAGAUUUUUGCUAAUUUUCUUCCAUUUUACUGAGGCAGCUCUGGAUGGAAUUCAUCAAAAUACACACUCCUUCUCAAUAGUAAAUCAGUCUCGACAAAAAGAGGAGCUUGGUAAUCAUCAUGUCAUGCUUUUAAUUUUUCUCAUAAAACUUUGAUUUUACUGUCAGAGGUGCAUUGCAACCAAAAAAAAAAACACUUUAAUUUAACUCAUGUAA